UCUGUCUUCUCUCUUGCUGUCAAGAUAAUCCCAGAAAUUGACAUCCCGGAAAAAAAGAAAGAUAAUCCCAUUUUUUGUUCUGGAAAAUGGUUGAUUUAGAUUGGAAAGCAAAGAUGGUUUCUUCCGAUAUUCCGAACAAAUCUCCGAAGCUGUCUAACAAGCUCCAAGUGUCGAUUCCGACGUCGUUUCGUUUCUCGAAUGUUUCGUCUCCGUUUUCCACUUCCGCUUCGGCUUUCGGCUACGACUAUUAUCUUCGGCUACCGGAGCUUAGGAAGUUAUGGGAGACGAAGGAGUUUCCGGAUUGGCAAAACGAGUCCGUUUUGAAGCCGGCUUUGCACGCUUUGGAGAUCACGUUCCGGUUUAUUUCGAUUGUUUUGUCGGAUCCCAGGCCGUAUUCGAAUCCGGAGUGGACGCGUAGGCUCGAGUCGCUCACCACGAGUCAGAUCGAACUCAUCGCUAUGCUUUGCGAGGAUGAAACGCGGAUAAAAGCGCGGGUACGGCGCCACAUCGUCGAUCUGACAUCGUCGAAUGGAGUUUUAGCUCGCGAGAGCAGCUCCGCCGAGGUGUGGAAGAUUCACGGAGAAGCGACGGUGGUGAGCCGGACCAGCGAAGCCAGCUUGUUGCCUCGAUUAGCCACGUGGCAGAAAUCCGAAGACGUCGCGCAGAAAAUCCUCUAUUCCAUCGAGUGCGAGAUGAGGCGGUGUCCGUACACUCUCGGUCUGGGAGAGCCGAACCUUUCCGGCAAACCGAACCUCGACUACGACGCCGUUUGCAGUCCGAACGAACUCCAUGCGCUUAAAAAGAGUCCGUACGAUCACAUCGAUAACCACGAGAACGCGACGCUGUACACGACGCAUCAUAUUCUCGAAUCGUGGAUCCAAUCGGCAAAACAGGUACUGAAACGCAUCGCUUCGAGGAUCGACGCUGAGAGCUUCGAAGCCGCCGCGAGCGACUGUUACCUGAUGGAAAAGAUCUGGAAGCUUCUGGCGGAAAUCGAAGAUCUCCACCUCCUGAUGGACCCGACGAUUUUCCUUCACCUGAAGAGCCAGUUACUGAUAAAGUCCGUCAGCGAGACGGAGGCGUUCUGUUUCCGAUCGAAGGGGUUGGUCGAAAUUACGAGAAUGUCCAAGGAGCUGAAACACAAGGUCCCGUUCAUCCUCGGCGUCGAGGUGGAUCCCAAGGGAGGUCCCAGGAUUCAAGAAGCAGCGAUGAGAUUGUACGCGGAGAAACAGGAGGGUAGUAAGGUCUUUUUGGUACAAGCCCUGCAAGCCAUCGAAGGAGCCUUGAAGCGGUUCUUUUACGGGUUCAAGCAAGUCCUGGUGGUAGUGAUGGGGAGUUUAGAAGCGAAAGGGAACCGAGCCGUGGCGAGCUCCGACGUGGGUGACUCGUUGAGUCAGAUCUUCUUGGAGCCUACUUACUUCCCCAGCCUGGAUGCGGCCAAGACUUUUUUGGGCGAGUUUUGGAGCCAUGAACAUGGUGGGUCUGGAUGGACUCCGUGGAGGAAGUGAUGACUCUGUGCCGGUUCUUGGUUAAAGAGAUAAAUUACAGAAAAGAAAAAAGAUUAACAAAAAAAAGAGAGAGUAAAGAUUAAUUAUUCUUUUGUAGUAUUAAGUGUUUGGGGGUCGAUUAUUGUUUGUACACUAAAAUUUUUGUAAAAUGGAAAUCCCAUGUUUGCCCACUAAA